AUGUCAGCGAAUGAGACUUCAGCGGCCCCUGCAGCCGCCACAAACGCCGUUUUGAAACCCUCAGAUCCUGUACCCGACGGUGCGAGGCAAGUCCAAGGCAUCGACUUCAAUCAGCAUGCCGCGCGUGCCAUUACCGUUGAGGAAUUGGUGGCUGGCUAUGCCAACAUGGGCUUCCAGGCAUCAUCGGUAGGAGAGGCUGUGCGCAUCAUCAACGACAUGCGGGCAUGGAGAGACGCAGAGACGGGUGACAAGACGACGAUAUUUCUGGGCUACACGUCCAACCUGAUUUCCUCUGGUUUGCGCGAGACGUUGCGCUAUCUAGUGCAGCACAAGCAUGUUUCUGCCAUUGUCACGACAGCAGGCGGUGUGGAGGAAGACUUGAUCAAAUGUCUUGCGCCGACGUACAUGGGUGCCUUUUCUACGCCUGGGGCGGGACUGCGCGCAAAGGGCAUGAAUCGGAUCGGUAACCUGGUUGUGCCAAACAGCAAUUAUUGCGCGUUUGAAGACUGGGUUGUGCCCAUCCUCGACACCAUGCUUGCGGAGCAGGAAGCCAGCAAGAAGACCGAUGAGCCACUGCACUGGACGCCGAGUACAGUGAUUCACCGUCUGGGCAAAGAGAUCAACGACAAACGCUCCGUGUACUACUGGGCCUACAAAAACGACAUCCCCGUCUUUUGCCCUGCUCUCACGGACGGCAGUCUAGGCGACAUGCUGUACUUUCAUACCUUCAAAUCCUCGCCCGAGCAAAUAAGAAUCGACAUUGUGCAAGACAUUCGCAAAAUCAACACGAUUGCGGUGCGGGCCAGGCGCACAGGGAUGAUUGUGCUGGGAGGGGGCAUCGUCAAACAUCACAUUGCCAAUGCGAAUCUGAUGCGAAACGGGGCGGAGAGUGCCGUGUACAUCAACACGGCGCAGGAGUUUGAUGGCAGUGAUGCCGGGGCGCGGCCAGAUGAAGCGGUUAGCUGGGGGAAGAUCAAGUUGGACGGGGAGAGUGUCAAGGUGUAUGCAGAGGCGACGGUGGUGUUUCCGUUGAUUGUGGCGGCGACAUUUGCGAAGGUUGAAGCGGGCGAAGAGAAGUAG